UACACCCAGUACAGCCUCCACAAUGUUCACCUUCAGCAUCCGUGGGUGAUGGGUUUGGCCAAACACCCUCAAAUCAUGCGAGUGGUCAGAGCCAUCCUGGGCCCCGACGUCAUCCUGCUGGACUCCCGCUUCAUCUGCAAAUACCCAGCACUCAAACCAGCCAACAUCCAGGAGAACGAAGAAGGUGAAACCAACCCCGAUGGGAGUAUUGGAGAGAAUGAACUUCCAUACGUGGCCUGGCAUCAGGAUAUGAGGUACUGGGGUAUUGCUGGCGGCCCUGUUCUCUCUGUGUGGCUCGCUUUCGAUGACUCACUGAAAGAGAACGGAGCCCUUCGGGUCAUCCCAGGCAGCCACUGCUCUGGGAUGUUGCCUCAUCGUCAAGCCAUCCGCCCUGGAAACAUGCUGUCAGUCAACCAGGAAAUCCCAGAGGAGCUGGUGCAGGCUGAUGAAGCUGUGUUUUGCCCUCUCUUGGCUGGGCAGAUGUCU